CACGUGAUCGUUGCUAUGGCGAAGACACCACAACAAAACAUUUUCAAUGUCGAUUUAAAGUUAGUGAGAUUCGUGAUCUUACACAUUAAUCUUAUUAAUAAAAUUGGAGCAACAAUACAAGAAAUAAAUCAGCUGCCUGGAAGAAGUGCUUAUUAACAGCGAAAUCUGAAGCAAGAAGAAGAAAGGAAUUUGAACCCCAGGAGCAUUUUCUGAUUCAGACAACAAAAUGUCCAACACUGUGAGAUCAGCAUCUGGCCCUGGACCUAAAGACUUGAGUACCUGUGCAAAUCCUGGUAACCCUGUGUUUUCAUGUAUGAUAAAACCUGCUACGCUUCCAAACAAUUCUGGGUGCUUUGCUAGACCACAGAAUCCACUUUAUAAAACUACAUCAAGUAAUUAUGGAUACAUGCCUCCAGCAUUUGAAACAGCGCCUUGUGCUUACCAUCCAAUGUCACAGACAUUUUCUGAGCAUCUUAGAAAUUGUGGGAUGUAUCGCAAUCAAUCUUUGAAUACAGUCGUAGACAAAAGCAGAGUUUAUGACUAUCCAUACCUGCAGAACACUCUUUGAUUUGUUCCAGACUGUAAUAUCAUAGUUUAUCUUGUGCUUCUUUUAUUUGUUACAUCUUUCUAAUUCAGUGUUUUACUUUAAAGGAGUACAUUAAUAAUAAAAAAAAAUGUUUCAUGUUAGAAACACUAAUAUUGGGCUUCAAAUGAUUUCUGCUACUAUAUCCUACAGCAUGGUAACAGACAUGAUUUUUUGCUGAAAUAACACCAGUGAAUAACUUAUAUUAAUAUAUGUAAGAUUCAUAUGUGGAUUGUAAAAAUGGUUUAAUUGAUAUGUAACUGUUAAUAUGACACUUUUCAUGUACAAUUUAUAUGCAAAUACUUUUCUUUGGAAACAAUAAUAAAAAUAAAUAAUAAAUAUAUAUUGUAUGUGUUUUCUCUUAACAAUUUCAAGUGGGUUCUUUAUGACAAAGUGUGGUCAUUUUUUAGAGUUUAUUUUUGCUGUAUACACUUUUUUAUAUUAAUGUGGUGAUGAGAUCUCAUGAAUGUUAUCUAUGACAUAGUAGGAGUUAAAGUUAUGGGCUUAGUGAUUUUAAAUAUUUACAGUUUUAAUAAUACAUUCCAAAGCAUGCACAUCAUAUGUUUCAGAGCUGUCCCACAAAGACUAUUGUUUUAAGAUGCAUUAA